GGUCUGGGAACUGCGACUGCCUACAAUACUGCGGUGCCUGUCCGCCAGUCAGAGACUAGAGACAAGCAGAAUGACUAAAGACGGGACAUUGUCUCUGGUAUUGAUCUGGAUCCUUAUCGCAAAAGGAGGCGCGGUGUGUCCAGACGGUUUCUGUCGCCACUCAGACGGAUGUUACCGCACAGUGGCCCUUAAUGUCACAUGGAUAGAUGCCAGGUCGUACUGCGAGGUAUUGGGUGGAGCUUUACUCUCCCCUGUGUCCCAGUCCAUGGCAACUGCGGCAGAGGGCGCUCUUCGCAGAAUGAAAGGUACCAUCUUUCCGGGUAAGUUUUGGCUGGACUUCACGGAUCUGUUGAACCCCAAGGACUGGAAGAGAAUGAACGACAAGAAGGCGCUCAACUUCACCAAUUGGGAAUCAACUUCCGGUACUGGAACCUCGGAUGACGGCGCCCGGAAUUGCGUGUACAUUUCCGAGUCUCUCGCCUACAAAUGGGUGGCCGUAUCAUGUGAGGAGAAAAUGAACUUUCUCUGCUAUCAUGCCGGCCUUCCGCCAACAACAGAAAGGUAUCCGCUUGGCAGCACUCGCGUCUACAAGAACAAACAUGGCUACUACGACUGGUAUUAUGAGCAAAUGUAUGAAUACAAGGAUGUCAGUCCGCGGGAUGUGGAUUGCUGAACAAUCAUAUGGAGUUUUUAGUUGAUCAAUUUAAAGUCCCAUAUUUCAACAACGUCAGGAACAGGGUGUAUGAUUUAUUUGAUUUAUUGCUGUGGCCGUGGAUUAAGUGUUUGUUUUUCUUAUAUUACAACUAGUCAGUAAAACACGUUGAAUUAAUAUUAUACAUGAUACAUGAUUGGUUAUUAUUGUGCAACUGUUGUUCACGCUUUCGCUUGUUUCAGUUGAUGGCGUAAUUACAUCAUGCAUUAAGAGAAUAAAUAGCGCUACAA